AUGAAUCCAACUUUGAUGUAUCAGAGAAGUUACUAUUCUCCUGGUCUAUAUUGCCCCUCCGGCUGGGCUACCGUGGGCGUCGCUGUGCGCGACGAUGAAAACUCUUUGAGCAAAUCGGGUAUUCUUGCCCCGGCAUCUACCACGACAACCUCUGAGCCCGACUACGCAUUGAUAUCACCGAAAGAUUUCUUCCUGAGCUUAUUGGAGCCCAGCGAGACGGCGGUACUAUGUUGCCCAAGUUCAUACACAGCAGAUCUUGACUUCGGAUGCUGGACCAAAAUUCCCGAUUACAAACCGUCUUCGGGUUGCAACUACCACAUUCCAGCAAAAGAUUUUCUUAACUUCGUCACGGUAACAAAGGUGAUCGACGGCGAGACCGUAACGACUGAAUACAUGGAAUCUCUGACUGCGACAAAUCCUUUCGGCGAACCUAAAACAACGACAUUCGACGAUGAAGAGAAGGCUACUCUGGCUGGAUAUGACAGCUACGCUAUCAUGACUAUGGUCCAUAAGAAGGCCGACUUUGAAGAGGCCGGCCCUACGAAUGCUGCGCAAAGGAUGACCCCAGGAUCAUCUACUUGGACUGGCUUCGGAACCGUGCUUGGUGUUUCCGUCGCUGCGAUGGCACUGGGAGCAGCUAUCAUCUUGUAG